CCAAAAAGAGAAGAUGACUGUCCUUUUUGAAGCUGGACCCAUUUCCAGAUAAUGUGUCCUCAAGUUCUUGGCUUCACAACCUUAUAAUCAAAAUCCCUCCUUUUUAUUUGUCCCUUUCCAUAUUGGGAUUGGCUGUCAGUCAUAUGGAAGUUGCACUUUCUCAAGGCAUCAAGUUCACCUUCAAGGCUAAACACUUUCUGGGAUAUUGUUCUUAUCUGAGAUGGGCUGUGCUUUUGCCAUGCAGAAGGAAAAAUUCUGGGGUUUACUCUACUUUAAUUCUGGGGUUUACUCUACUUUAUCAGUUCAGCUGGCAGUUGAAAUUAAGUUUUGGUAGGAAAUUAGUUAUCGACUGAUAGCUAACUUGUGGAGCUCCUCAUAACAGCCAGCCGAGCUCAUUAAUUAGAGAGAUAAGAUUGGCAGUGGGGCUGUUCUUUUUGCUCUUCUGUUACAGUUUCUGCAGCUUUAACCUUGUAAGUGUCACUUUCAGGCUGUUAAGUGUUAAGUGUUGACGGGUUUUCUUUCUUGAGUUGGCGAACUUACUUAUCUCUCGAGCAAAAACGUGGGCCACUUGUUGUGCUCGUGGUUGCUGUAUCCCUUAGCUUGACAAUUGCGUUGGAAUUCUGCUUAUCUCCAACCUUGGUUGCUUUUCAACAGUCGGCAACUGUCCCUCUCCCUCGUCUGAAAAUUCUGUGAACCUGUUAACACAGAUAGCCAUGUUCUGAGCGUUAGCUUGCUGGACUUCUCUGUGCAUUAACUCUCCCAUGCAUUAUGUGGGAUUUAUGUCGGAAUAAUCAUCAUCCAAUAAGUCUCUGUUGACUGCUGGAGGAGGGUUCUAGGUUAGUCUGCAAUUCCCCUUUGGCUCUCUCAUGGCUUGAGUUAGUUUUCCUGUCAUGGAGCUGGGGAAGAAGAAAUGAGGCAAGAGGGUUUUAUAAACUCUUGGUUUCUGGGUAUAGAUGUUCGGAAGAUAAAGAGUUUUCAAUCUUCAGUACCCACAUGAUUGUCAGAGUAGGCCUCGUCGUUGCUGCUUCCAUUGCAGCUUAUGCUGUUAAGCAGAAAGCUUCAGGAUUGGUUUCAGAAAAUGGUAAGCGUCGAAGCAAACGGAAUGGCCGAGGGCAGAUUCCUAAUCCAGAUGGUAACAUCAAGGAGAAGGAAGAAGAAGAAGAAGAGAAAGAGGAGGUUAAAUUGAUCAACAGCAUAUCAAAUGGUGUUCAUGGUGGUGGUGUGCCACCUGGUAUAGAUGAUGAAGAUGACAUUUUUCCUGAAUUUGAGGAUUUCUUAUCAGGAGAGAUCGAGUAUUCGUUACCAAGUGACAAGUUCGAUUUGUCCGAGGAGAAAAACGAGGUCUGUGAAAGUGAGAUGGCAAACCAUGCCAGCGAACUCGAACGCCUUCGCAAGUUAGUCAAUGAAUUGGAAGAAAGAGAAGUAAAACUUGAAGGUGAGCUGUUGGAGUACUAUGGCUUAAAGGAGCAAGAAUCAGACGUUGUUGAAAUGCAGAGGCAGUUAAAAAUUAAGACUGUGGAGGUUGACAUGUUGAACAUAACCAUUAACUCACUCCAAUCUGAGAAGAAGAGACUUCAGGAUGAGCUUGCACAAGGUGGAGGAUCUGCCAGGAAAGAGUUGGAAGCUGCAAGGAAAAAAAUCAGAGAGCUUCAGAGACAAAUACAGCUGGAUUCUAACCAGACAAAGGGGCAGCUAUUGUUGCUGAAACAACAGGUUUUGGGUCUACAGGCGAAAGAGGAAGAAGCUGUAAGGAAAGAUGUUGAGGCUGAAAAGAAGAUGAAGGUUGUGAAGGAACUAGAGAUGGAGGUUGUUGAGCUCAAGAGGAAGAAUCGAGAGCUUCAGCAUGAGAAGAGAAAGUUGACUGUCAAGCUGGAUGCUGCUGAAGGGAAGAUAACAGCCAUAUCCAAUAUGACUGAGAAUGAGCUAGUGGCAAAUGCAAGAGAGGAGGUCAGCAAUCUUCGCCAUGCAAAUGAAGACCUACUGAAGCAAGUGGAAGGACUUCAAAUGAACAGGUUCAGCGAAGUCGAAGAGCUAGUCUACCUCCGUUGGGUCAACGCAUGCUUGAGAUACGAGCUCCGCAACUACCAAGCACCUCCUGGCAAAGUUUCAGCCCGUGAUCUCAGCAAAAACUUAAGCCCCAAGUCACAAGAAAGGGCCAAGAAGCUAAUGCUAGACUAUGCCGGAUCAGAACGUGGUGGCGAAGGCGUUGACACCGACAUGGAAAGCAACUUCUCGCAUCCAUCUUCCCCUGGAAGCGAAGAUUUCGACAAUGCCUCCAUGGACAGUUCUUUCAGCAGGUACAGCAGUCUCAGUAGGAAGCCAAGUUUGAUGCAGAAGCUGAAGAAAUGGGGAAGCAGGAGCAAAGACGAUUCAAGCGCCUUUUCAUCACCUGCCAGGUCUCUAACUGGCUCCCCAAGCAGGGCUAGCAUGAGCUUCAAGCCUAGGGGGCCAUUAGAAGCAAUAAUGCUGAGAAAUGCAGGGGAUAAUAUGGCCAUUACCACAUUUGGGAAGAUGGAUCAAGAUGCUGCUCCUGACUCUCCAGAAACCUUAAAUCUUCCUCCCAUCAAAACACAGGCCUCUCAGAAUGAUUCUCUAAACGCUGUUGCUUCAUCGUUCCAAUUAAUGUCAAAGUCGGUUCAUGGAGUCAUGGACGAGAAGUACCCUGCUUACAAGGACCGGCAUAAGUUGGCACUGGAGAGGGAGAAGCAUAUCAAGGUAAGAGCUGAGCAAGCUAGGGCUGUGAAAUUUGGUAAUACAACACAGUUCGACUCCUCCAGAGGGAAGGGGGGUAGACCUGUGAAUCUGCCAUCACAACUAGCUCAGCUGAAAGAGAAACCGCUUGUUACUGGUGAGUCAAAUGAGGAGCAGUCAGCGGAUGGGAAGUCCAUUGACUCUCCAGUUGUCAGCAAGUUUCAACUUGCUGACAUUGAGAAGAGGCCUCCUAGAGUACCUAGGCCGCCACCUAAACAGUCUGGAGGUUCUUCUCUGUCAGGUGGAGUUCCUACUGCUCCACCGCGUGGCCCAGGUGGACCACCACCACCACCUCCUCCUCCUCCUGGAGGUGCUGGUGGGCCGCCUCCACCACCUCCACCACCUGGAAGCUUACCGAGAGGUGGGGGAGGGAGUAAAGUUCACAGGGCACCUGAGCUGGUGGAAUUCUAUCAGUCGUUGAUGAAGCGGGAGGCAAAGAAGGAUACAACGUCGUUGAUUUCUUCAUCAACAGGCAAUGCUUCGGAUGCUCGAAGCAAUAUGAUUGGGGAGAUUGAGAACAGGUCAUCAUUCCUCAUAGCUGUUAAAGCUGACGUGGAAACUCAAGGCGAAUUUGUGGAGUCAUUAGCAAGUGAAGUCAGGGCAUCGUCUUUUACCAACAUAAAUGACCUAUUAGCAUUUGUGAAUUGGUUAGAUGAGGAACUCUCCUUCUUGGUGGACGAACGGGCAGUUUUGAAGCACUUUGAGUGGCCUGAAAGCAAGGCUGACGCAUUGAGAGAGGCAGCAUUUGAGUACCAGGACUUGAUGAAGUUGGAGAAGCAUGUAACGUCGUUUGAGGAUGAUUCUAGUCUCCCGUGUGAGGCUGCUCUCAAGAAGAUGUACAAACUGCUGGAGAAGGUGGAGAAUAGUGUGUAUGCACUUCUGCGAACAAGGGACAUGGCGAUGUCACGGUACAAGGAGUUUGGGAUCCCGGUUGAUUGGCUGCAGGACUCUGGAGUUGUUGGCAAGAUCAAGCUAUCCUCAGUUCAGCUGGCAAGAAAGUACAUGAAACGUGUUUCAGAGGAGCUCGAUGUCAUGAGCGGACCUGAGAAGGAACCCAACAGAGAGUUUUUGCUACUGCAAGGCGUGCGCUUUGCUUUCCGUGUUCAUCAGUUUGCUGGAGGGUUUGACGCUGAGAGCAUGAGGGCUUUUGAAGAGUUAAGGAAUCGUGUAAAUUCCAAAGGCGAAAAUGAUGAGAGUAAUGAUUUAGAAGUAGCAGCGGAACAGUGAUUGAUCUCAUAUGGCUUUUUCAGUUUUCUUCUGGGAAUGUAUAUGGUGUAUAUCGAUUUGUCAACUGCAUAUUGCAAAGUUCAAAAGGAAAGGAAAGGAAUAAGAGAUCGAUUGAUA